CUUGACUGCACUUUUUGUAUCGCAUUUAAUGCUAAACUUAGAGUCUGAUACUUAGAGGCAGUUGUUCAGGGAUGAAUACAGAGCUUCAAAAAGACACCGUAUCCUCCUGGGACGAUCACGGUUCUCCGUCAUCUUCAAAGGAGCACACGUUGCGUGUGUCAAGUCUCCCUUUCAGCGUGGAAGCCCUGAUGUCGGAGCGAGGAGCAAGGAAUGGACGCGCUCAGCAAACAAACCCAGCGCACUUCAUUACUCUGCGGUCAACAAGAUCUGUCCAAGAUCCGUCUUAUUUCGAGGAUUUCUCCAAGAUCUCUGGGCCGUCGUCGCCCGUGAAGUCAGAAGUAUCGGAUCAAGAGGAUGCGUCUUGGAUAAAAUCCGUGUCAUCAUCGCCACCACCACGACAGCUGACUCCAAACACAUGUUCUCUCAGAAAGCACAAGAUGAAUCGUAAACCUCGUACACCAUUCACCACCGCACAGCUCCUGGCUCUAGAGCGGAAGUUCCGUCAGAAGCAGUACCUCUCUAUUGCCGAGCGGGCUGAGUUCUCCAGCUCUCUGUGCUUGACCGAGACACAGGUUAAGAUCUGGUUCCAGAACAGACGGGCCAAAGCCAAGCGUCUGCAGGAGGCUGAAAUGGAGAAACUCAAAAUGGCCACCAAGUCUGUUUUGCACUCUGGCCUCUCCUUACCGUUACCCCUCAGUACACAGCCUCAGGCAGCACUACUGCUCUACGGACAGUCCAGCCAGGUGCCCUUCUGCAGAUACCCGCUCCCCAUGCCUUCUCUUGGAAUUUACUCCACACCAGUGGGCUACAGUAUGUAUCAUUUAUCCUGAGGGGCAUAUUAUAGGCAGUCACAAGGAUUUUUCUGACAGUGGUUCUAAAUCAGUGGCUCCUAAACAUUUUUGCCCCACUGGCCAAAAUGUAAUCUGAGUGUUGAGUUGGAAUGCCCACCACUAACCAGAAAGACUUUGUGUCAUUUAUCUGCAGCGAUACUAUUUCUCAAAGAAAAUGUCGUAUGGCAGCUCAAACAGAAAGUAUUCUUAGAACAGUCUUAGAAAACUCCUCGUCUAAAUGCACCUUAUCACAAAGACUAUGCAAGUUCAGAUGCUGGGUGUACUGAACUAAUGGGUUUUUAUUGGGUACAGUGAAGAAAAGCAACAUGUUUGAUGUCAUUUCAAGGGUAAUUUUUUUUCUUAUGUGCUUUUUAUAAUGUUUCAAAUAAUUGUUGUCAAUAAUUGGUAUUUUACAGUUUUUUGUUUUUUUUUAAGUUACACUAACUCAUAUCAAACAUAUGGUACGUUUUAUGGAAAAUAUUAUUAGUGGUCAGUAUUUUACAUUUUCUAGAGGACCAAUUUCAAUUUGUAAUCUUCACCGAUUCAUAAUUUGUAUUUUUUCCAAAACCAUGAGAAAGCUAAACAACAUACAAUGCCAAAUUAAGUUCAUCAGUUCACAUCUA